AUCGGUAGAAUCUUCUAGAUUCGCUUUGUUUACAAAUAGACUUACUUGGGCCGUCCCCCGUGACCCGUCUCUUUGUACUAAAUUCCAUUCUUGUGAUUAUUGAAAUUGUUUAGUCCUUAUAUAAAUAUCGUAAUGGCAGUUGAGGGAAAACUCGAGUUUACGAAACAAAUGAGAAAAGCAACGAGGGAAAUCCACGAUAUUAGUGAUGCACUUGUCAAUGCUAAACUCGGAAUAGCUAUGAGUGACAACUCGAUCUGGGCGGAGGGAUUACUUUGCUUCUAUGAAAUCUUCAAGUAUCUUGAGGAGGCCCUUGAUCGGCUGAACCACACCCUGCUGAGCGAACUUGAUAUCAAAGGUAUGAGGAGGACCAAAGCCUUUGAAGAAGAUCUGCAUUUCUAUUAUGGAAGACAGUGGUUUGAAAACGAUUACCAACCCAGUACUGCAGUCACUGCCUACAUUGAUUACCUCACGUCCAUUGAGAGGGAUAAUCCCAACAUGUUAGCUGCCUACAUUUACCAUUUAUUUAUGGGCCUUUUUUCUGGAGGACAAAUCCUACGCAAGAAGCGAUCUCUCGAAGCUAGUCUGAAAUUCCAAACACCUCCUGCCAACAACAGUAACCAACAGGGUGAAUCGGUCACCGAUUUUGGUGAAAUUCCUAUUUUUAAACUGAAGAAACAAAUGGUCGACGCCAUGGAACAUAUCGCGGAGCAGCUUGGAGAAGAAGACAGGUGGAAAUUAAUCGAAGAGAGUAAAAACGUCUUCCGGAUGAACAACAAGGUGAUACGAACAAUCAACACCAACAAGAUAGUUUUGAAAAAAUUCUGCAACUUUGCUUUGAUAGUUGUCCCUGCAGCUGCGGCUAUCUAUUUCGGCUAUAAAAUGAUUAGCAAUAUUAAUAAUAAUCAGUAGACUCAUCUUUCAGUGAUUCCGCUGUCAAGGCAUGACAAAUAUAUAUCUUAUCAAAACUUGCGCCAAUUUUAACAGAUCUUAACACCACGAACUGUGAUAGUCAAUAAAUACAACUACAGUCCACGAGUC